UUUACAUGUAUGGUGAAUAAAUAAAAAAUAAAGUGAAAAAAAUAAAUUAAAAAUAAGCUUAAUACCGCAAACAUUUCAGUUGUUAUUGCAAGUGAUUUAUGCUAAACUACUGUGAAUAAGAAACAACAAUUUAGUAGUGUUUUCGAAUGCAGUCCACGUACUAUUAAGUGAGUUGUGAAUACGAAAAAGUUUUCAGUGGACUAUAUAUGAUAAAUUCAAAUACAAUAUACUGCAUAAAAUAGGUAUAAAAUAACAUAAAUAUACAUAUGUACAGAUGAAGCAACAAACAGUUACUCGAAUCAACUACAGCACCAACAAGUGACAUAAUUUAAAAUAAUUUGCGAAUAAAGACUUGAAUUAAUGCAGCAGCAGGUGUGACCGGCCACAGGAUAUAUAAUUUGAUAGUUAUCAGAUGAUAAGGCAGCUCAGCUUGUUUGUGUGAUCUCCGUUAAUUGAUUGCGCCUAAAAUGAUUUUUGACGGCUAUUGCGGCCUAGCUUACAAUCACUGAGGUAAACAUAAAAUAAGUGAGCCAAUAACUGUCACCAUUGUCAGGUGCUUAUAUGGGAAUUACGACGCAAAUGCGACUUAAGGAACAAAAAAAUUAUGAAAUUACACGGUAAAGCAUAAAAACCUCAACUUCAACCAGCAGCUCGUCGGUCCGCGCAUUUCAUUCGAAAAGUUUUAAUUCACCGUUACACAGAAUUUCAGAAAAAUGCUGACAGCAUUCAAAUGCAAAUGGGCAGAAAGCGUACAUCAACAAUGUCACGCGACGGCAGCGAGUCAAGCUGCACCUGAAAAGUACCAGUAAAAGCAAAAUAAAAGUGAGAAUAAAAGCGGCGAAGAAAGCAAGCGGAAUUCGGCCAGGAAGCGAGGUAGUUGGGAAAACGAAUGCAUUGAGCGAAUCAGUCACGCGUUUAAGCAGGCAACUGUACUACAACAAAAACUAACCGAAACUGUGGGGCACGUUGUUAAAACGCCACGCCAACGCCGGAAAGUAUGCUAUGGAAAUAAUGAAAAAGCAGCAAAUGUAAAUUUUGGUUGAAGGCAGCGCGAAAAUAAAGCAACAAACAGUGGCAAAGCAAAUAAAACGCGCUCCGCCAACCAUAAUAAUAACCGUCAAGAAAAUAAUGACGCGCAACAGUAAAUGCGUGUUGCAUGCAUGUGUUAGUGUGGCGCACUUGUAACCGGUGAAACCAGCCAAAUUACACGGCGUUGCACGAACCGCGCGCAUACAAAGCGAUAUAAAUUUUUGCUUCAUGCGACACUGCAUCAAACGACAACAAAAACAAUAGCAACAACAACGCCAAUUAUACUGUCAGCUGCUGGCGGUGGACCGGAAUACGGCCCAGCGGAUGUAGCAGCGUGCGCAAAAGCACCGUUAUUACAGUUGCAACCCACUUAUUUUACGGUAAAAUACAGGAGAGCAUUGAAAAAGCUGGCUACUAGCGUUUCAAAGCUUGAAAAAUAAUAUUUUGUUGCUGCGAAAGAAAUCACAAACCGAAAAAUUUAAAGAAAAAUAUUUUUCGCAGACAGCGCAUCGAAGAGCAGCAUUGAAUACCGUUACCUGACACGCUUACACCGUUGCUACCAAAAAACGAAAUGUGUUGCGCACCCCAUUGUUGUUUUUGUUGCAUUUAUGUAAACAUCAGCCAUUAGACUUGCAGCCUUGCAGCUGAGUGACCUCAUUUCUCACAGUGUAUUCGAAGCAAACGCGAGCAAAAUAUAGUCAAAUCAACUUAAUUCUCAAAACUCAGAAAACUCAGUUAUCAUACGGCACACACACACACAGAUAGCCGCACUCAAAGGCAAACAUUUCGCUUUGCCAUUAAAAUAAUUAAAAAUUUGUGCAUUCGCGCGCAACAAAAUGGCGCGGAGUGUGGCAUAAAUAAUAAAAAAGAGCCAUCCAGUUAUCAAAAGUAACAAUAAAUUGGCUGCGAGAAAGAAAUAAAAAUAUAAACCGGAAUUUUUUGGCCGUUAGGCGGUUGAAAAAAACGGUCAUUAUUAGCCGCGCAGCGAAGUGAGAAACGAAAAACCGUUAAUUAUAACCGAAAUUUCACCUUUUACUGAGAGAGAGCGAUAAGUCAACAAAAUGUUGCCCACCAAUGUAAUGACGUUCAUGAAAAAGAUGGUCGCCACAGAUGAGUCGCCAUCCACACAGAAUCAGCCCGACGCGGGCGGUACUUUCGGAAAGUUGAAGCAGACACUGUCGUCGUCCUUGCUCACGGCGCAGGAUAGAGUGAACAAAAUGUCACCGCGUCCCUCGUUGGCGCCCACCGAAGACGGCAGCUAUGGCGGUGCGUACCAGCAACAGACCCAGGACGCUUAUGCGGCCAAUCAGAACAAUAACAAUAAUAACAAUACGACAGGCGGCAGCACCGCAGGAAACUCAUCGAAAAACGAGCCGGGGCGACGAGCGGGGGCGUGUCGCGUGUGUUUGAAAUCCUUCAAACCCGACGACUAUCACAAGACCUGCUUCGAGUGUCAGCAGCGGGUGUGCGAAGAUUGCGCCAGCUACAGCAAGCUGGAAGAGAACGAGGAUGCGAAUAUGUGGCGCUGCAGUGUGUGCCGACGAAAGAUGGCGUCGCGUGUGUGCAUCCCACAGGACUCAACCGACUCUAUGUUGGACGUGCCCGUGCUGGAAGCGCUGCAGCGACGACACUCCGAUGCCAAGCUCGGCUCAACACAGACAUUGGCACCGGCAAACGGCACCGCAUUGGCGCCGCCACGCAGCCCCGAAUGCCGGCGGCAUUCCGACGUCUCACCCGCCUCACUCAAAGAACUGGAAAAGUUGAAGGGCAAUAAAACACCGGGCGGUGAUUUGGACUUUCGUAAGGGUGGACGCAGCAUGGCGCCGAGCCGUUCAUCGAGCCCGCCACGGCAAUCGGACCUGGAUCAACAGCUACCGUUCGGAGCGCCGCUGUCGCGCAUGGCAUCACGACGGGGCUCGCGUGUGGCGCGCCAACACAGCUAUGAUGAUGAGAUGAACAGUGCGAGUAUGGCAGCGGCGGGAGCGGUCGGGGCAGCUGGCGGUCUGGGCGCGGCAGCGGCUGGUGCACUGGGCAUGAUGGGCGGCGAUCCCGGACUCGGCAUACCAGCUAUGCCAAGAAGGAAAUCCGCUUAUGACGUCUUUGCGCCCAAUCUGCUACAGAGUGCGACUCCUGCGACAACGCAACUUCAACGAUCACCCGGCGAUGGUAUGUCGCCACAAAUUGCUCUACCUGGUUCGCGGCGACCCUCCUUCCGUGUGCCACAUCCGUCUGAGGAUCUGCAAAACGACGAAUCGCCAAGUCCUGAUAAGGGCAGCCCUGUGCUUACCGUAGAUGAUGACAGACGCAUACGUCGACGUGGAUCACAACUUCCCGAUUUGGCGGCGCUGCAGCAACGCGGUGCAUUACCAACCAAUCUGCCCGCCACUAUACCACCUCCAAUCGCUUCUUUCACCGGACCCAAUUUGGAGGAUCUCGAGGCUCCACGACGUCAAACAUCGAUGGAUGGUGAAGCCAUUAAAAUUGUCAUACACGAUGUCGACUCGGGACCCAUUUGCUCGUCGAAACGUAGAAUUGUACUACGCAGAGAUCCCACGGACAAGGCACAUCGCACACGUGGCUUUGGUAUGCGUGUCGUUGGCGGCAAGACCGGCGCGGAUGGCCGACUCUUCGCCUACAUUGUGUGGACGGUGCCAGGCGGACCGGCCGAGAAGAACGGGCUACAGCAAGGCGAUAAGAUACUCGAGUGGAAUAGCAUGUCGCUGAUUGAUCGCAGCUUCGAAGAGGUCUGCGCUAUAAUGGACCGUACCGGUGACAUUGUCGAACUGCUCGUCGAGCACGCCACUGACUUUCGUAUGUGCGAUUUAUUCGAUGAGAACCUACCACCAGGCAAUAGCGGCAAUCAAAGUGGUCCACGACGCUCAGGUGACGGUCCAGUUGGACUGGGCUUAAUCGCGGACCCUGAAACAACCACAGACAAAUCACCGGCCUCGCCGACCAGACGGAAAUUACCCAAAACUCCGGAGCAAAUUGCACGCGAGAAGCAAGUAAGUGGGCGCGCACAGUUGCAAGUCUGGUAUAAUGCCGAACGCAAUGAGCUGGUUGUCUCACUAAUGGCCGCCGAUGAUCUGGCUCUGCGCGAUGAAGCCUACGGACAUGGCAAUCUACCCGAGGCAUAUGCGAAAGUGCGCAUUUUACCCAAAUGCGGCGAUGGCAGCGUGCAACAAACCGAAGUUAGUCAUCCCACCCAGAAUCCCAUUUGGAAUGCAACGCUCACCUUUCCACACAUUAAUGCCGACAGCCUCAUGGAUCGCUACAUUGACAUACAGUUGUGGGAUCUUGUACCCCAUACCGAGUCCAUAUUUCUGGGCGAAUGCAGUGUCGAACUGCAGCAGGCCUUUCUCGAUGAUCGUGCCAUCUGGUGUCGACUGGAGGAUCCGAAGGGGCUGCGCGGCAUCAGCAUGUCAAAGUCGCCGAGCGUCUCACCGCGCGGCUCCAUUGCCGCCGGCUGUCCGGGCGGCGAUGUAACACGUCUACUACGACGCGAUUACAAUAUGCAACGUUCCAUAUCGGACGAUGUCGAUUCGAUCGGCGAUUGCACCUCACUGCUACAUCCCGAUCACGCCUGGGUGGCUGGCUCACGGCGUGGUUCCUCGCAGUCGGAGACGCUCGAGGUCGAAGUAUAUCAAUUGGGUAAAGAUUUUUCACGUUCUUUACCCGGUUCGCGUCGCUCCUCAUUUCAAGAUCCCGACAAGAUACGCGAAGAGGAUGCAAUGCAACCGCCACCAGCUUCGUAUUAUGUCGGUAGACGUCGUUCGUCUGUGGCGCGUCGCGAUCCUGAUGAAAUAUUGAAGUCACUGAAGCAAGUACGCGGAGAACUCGGACGCGCAAUGAGUUUAGGCACGGAACAACAAAAGCGACCGGGAUCAAGACGCGCUAGUCGUGUGGCCUUGCCGAGUAAUCCGAGCAGUCGCAAGGGCUCCAUACUUGACAUCGCGCAGCAGCAGCAGCAACAACAGCAACAGCUACAACAACUACAGGCGCAGCAUCAACAACACUUGCAGCAGCAGCUGCCGGUGGGUAUCGGUAAUGCAACGACCAGUCCACCCUCGGAUGACGAAGGCAAGCAGUUUACGCCACGCUGGAAGGGCUCGGGCAGCAAUCUGCGUCCACAGAGUGCCAAGCAGGCGUUGUCCAUGCUGAAACAAGCCUCCUCCGCCACGAAUGUAGCCAUGCAGGGGCAAAGUGGCAGCGGUAGUUUGUUGAGUGUAGGUGCCGACAGCCCCAAGCAGUUGCGUAAGGGCAGCAUGAUUAAUUUAAAGGCGGGCGAAAAUACGCACGGACCGACAGCGUUGCUGCAGCGCAAAGGCAGCGUUUAUGCGCACACCGCGACAGAACGCGACACCAAUAGUGUCGGCAGUAGCGGUUCGCCGCAGCGGAAGGGUAGUGUUUAUGUCGGCGUUAGAGCGGCUGGCCACGAGGCUGAGUCGGCGCUGUUGCGCAAAGGUAGCAUGUAUAGUGUCAGCAGCAACGAAAGCCCGUCCAUGUUGCGCAAACAGAGUAUCGCACCGCACCAUGUCAGUGCCAAGAAUUUGAGUCACGGCAGUCAUGCGGACAGCAUGAGUAGUUUAACGUCCACGACUGUGACCACAGUCGCCACAGCGGGUAUUGAUACGGACUAUGGCCUGAAAAUGGGUCCAGGGCAAAUACAUCCAAAAGGUUACCGGCUGACAACCGUGCGCCAUGGUGAGCUGAAAAUGGCAUUUGCCAAAAUCAAAGGCACCGUGGAGGUGGAGGUGAUUUGCGCACGUAACAUUGUGCCCGAGGAUUGCGAGACACCGCCGGAUACAUAUGUGAAAUGCUACAUCAAGGAUGGCGAUCGGCUGCGGCACAAGAAAAAGACGCGCGUGGUAAGGCACUCAGCCGAGCCCUACUACAAGCAGACACUCAAGUAUCAGAGCGCCGACGUUUUUGGUCGCAAUAUUGUCAUUAUGGUGUGGCAACGCUGUGUUGGCUUCGAACACAAUCAAGGCUUGGGCGGCACCGAAGUUAAUCUGGAUAAAAUAAAUGCAGCACAACGCAUAGGCGGCUGGUAUCCACUUUUUCCGAUGCAUUCAUUAGGCGGCUCCGAUUCGGAUAAUUCUCCUUGACCGAUCACGCGCAUACAAAUACGAAGUACACAAACAAAUACAAUGAACAAUAAAAUCGACACCACAAAUAUGAAUCAAAAUACAAUAAAUACAACAAAACGAAUUAUAAGAAUUACAACAAAAACACCAAUUAAUAAACCACGCUACAAUAAGCAAAAUACUAUUUAUAUUAAUGAUUAUUAUAAUGAUAAUACAAGUAAUGAUUACAAUAAUGUUAAUGGAUGUUAUGAUUAUAGUAAUGGUAAUGUCAGUAAUGAUGGCAAUAAUGGUAAUGCAAGUAAUGAAUACAGUACUGGUAAUGCCAGUAAUGUUUAUAAUAAUGAUAAUAAUGCAAAUAAUAAACGCAGUAAUGAUAAUACAAAUAAUGAAUACAAUAAUGGUAAUGCAAGUAAUGAUUAUAGUAAUGAUAAUGCCAGUAAUGAUUGCAAUAAUGGUAAUGCAAGUAAUGAUUAUAAUAAUGUUAAUGCCAGUAAUGAUUACAAUCAUGGUAAUGCAAGUAAUGAUUACAGUAAUGGUAAUGCCAGUAAUGAUUAUAGUAAUGUUAAUGCCAGUAAUGAUUGCAAUAAUGUUAAUGCAAGUAAUGAUUAUAGUAAUGGUAAUGCCAGUAAUUAUUGCAAUAAUGUUAAUGCAAGUAAUGAUUAUAGUAAUGUUAAUGCCAGUAAUGAUUGCAAUAAUAGUAAUGCAAAUAAUGAUUAUAAUAAUUUAUGUAGCGCAAAGGCUCAAUUACAAAUUAUUAGAUUUAAAUUGCAAAUAGUGGCAACUAUGGAAUUAUUACAAUUACAACAAACUAUUAUAGAUAAGCAAAAACAAUUAAGAAUGGUUGCGGAGCGGUUUGUAGAAGUCCCAAGGGCUUCUUAAAGACUUCAAAAGUGAAAACCAAACUGUUUUGGAAAGUAUUACUAAAUACAAGUAUAACAACAAUAAAAAUUCACAUUUUCCCAAAAGAGCUUAUAUGGAUACUAUUCUUAAGAAUUUGUUGCAAACUAAAAACACAAUUACAAACACUUACACAAACACGAAGAUAUGUUUAUAUGCAUGUAUGCUCUUAUCAUAGGUGGAAGAGGUGGUGAGGAAAUGUUAGUUACUAUUUACAAAGCAAUGAAUAAAGAAUUCGAAGGAGAAGGAGAGGAAGUGAAAAGAAACAGCUUUUUUAUAUACACACAUAUACAAUACUUAUAUACUGCUAAUAUAAAGAUCGGGUCAGAAAUAUAUUUAUUUUAUUUUUGUAAUUUUAUUUCCGUCUCUAACAACAAAGAAAAACAAAUUUAGUACUACACCUACACAUAUAUAACUAAGUGAAUAGUCAGUUAUGGUUACAUAUGAACGUGUUUGUUGACUAAAAUACAAGUGAAAAGUUAAAAUAAAUUAUUAAAAUAUAUAGAAAAAAUUUCAAUAAGAGAAAAUCAGGAAUGUUGCGUACCUUAGUAGCACGGAAGCACUGAACACUGCAGUACAAUUAAACUUAACCGAAACACCAGCGCGUCAGCACCAAAAGAACACGCCUAACACCGCUUGCAUUAUACACCCAUAUAUACAUAUAUACAAACAGUAUAUCAAAUAUAUAUAUAUAGUAUAUAUGAGUAAAUUUACAAAUUUUUUGCUGCUUAAAUGUUGUGAAAGAAGCAAACCAAUUAAAGUUGUUGGGAGAGCAGAAAGGUAUUAUAUUAAGCCAAAGCGUGUUUAGAAGGCAGCGCGGCCUACUUUUAGGCGCACAAGCUGCAUUAAUACUCCAUAUACACAUAUCCAUUUACACUCAGACUACAGCUAUACACCCACAAGUAUACAAAAACACACACUACUUAUUGUUGUUGCAGCAUUUUAGUGGCUAUCACCAUAUCAAACGGGAGUUUGUGGGGGGCAAAGUUGUUAAAUUGCAUUGAAAUCGUUGUGAAAUGUUGUUUCAGAGCUUACCUAUGCACACAAUUUACAAAGCUACACUUUUAAAAAGAAAAUAUGUUGUAUUUUAAAUAGCAAAAAUUAUAUAAACAAUUAUA